AUGGCUCUCUACGUCAUUUACAUCUUUCUUGCGGAUCAUAUCUUCCUGACGGCGCUUCCCUACGAAGCAUUCUCACCAACAAGCUCCGCAGCUCCGCUUUUGCGAUAUUUGACCCUGAGCCGGCUUACAUAUAACGUAAAGGCCAACCCCAUUGAACGAUGUGCCGCUGGUCCACAGUCCUAUAUUCCUGUAGACACCGCUCUGUGCCCGUCCGUGUGGAGGAUGAAAGUUGCGAAUGCAGUCCACACUGUCCAUACGAUGACACAGCUUCAGAUUUCCCAGUCUCCUAUCAGUGUUGUCUUUGCAAUCCAUGGAAUGGGCCAUCCAUUGACGCAACGGCAGCGAAGCCAGUCCCAACCAGAAGACGGAGAAGGAUUCCAAGAGGAAAGCGAACCAUUAGACGAGGCACGGAAAACUCCCGUAAAAACACUACCAAACCGGAAACAAGCCCCAAUACCACCGAUGACAAUGGAAAUUGUGGGAGUUCCAAGGAGAAUGAUCCAGUACGGAGAGGAGAAGGACGGCGGCGGCGGCGACGGUGUCAACGAUGUCGACGACGAUCUCGAAAAACCGAGCUGGGCAGUUUUCGACGAAGGGGAAAUAAAUUUUAUUGACUGA